CCGCCUCCCCUGGCCGGAGGGCAGAAGGGCCCCUGGUGAGCUUGGGCCUGUGUCCCCACAGAUGGAGCGCCUGACGGUGGAGCAGAUCAAGGACUACAGGGGCGUCUUUGAGAUGUUCGAUGAGGAGGGCAACGGGCAGGUGAAGACGGGAGAGCUGGCGCGGCUCAUGGGCCUACUGGGCAUCAACCCCACCAAGAGUGAGCUGGCCUCCAUGGCCAAGGACAUGGACCGGGACAAGAAAGGCUUCUUCAGCUACGACAGCUUCCUGGCCCUGAUGGGCGUGUACCGGGAGAAGGCGCAGAACCAGGAGCACGAGCUCAGGUUGGCCUUCCGCGUCUUCAACAAGGAAGGCAAGGGCUGCAUCGACUGGGACGCUCAAGUAGGGCCCGGCCGUCUGGGGCGGUCCGUGCUCAUGAACGCCAGGGAGCCCCUCAAGGAGGUGGAGGCCGAGCAGAUGACGAAGGAGGCGGACAAGGGCGGGGACGGGACCAUCAAGGAGUUCGAGGUGAUGAUGACGGGGGAGUCCUUCAAGCUGGUCCAGUAG